UGUGUUGAAUUUCUUGACGUCAAAGGCAAAAAUGGCGUUGAUGGGUGCGCACGGUUGUUAAUUCUUGUCGGGUAUUACUUUUUAAUAAAUCUGGGCUAAUAAUUAAAUAUUGAUAAUAAAAUAGUGAAUACAAAACAUUUUGCCCAUAGCCGCGUCAAGAAAUAAGAGUUUAAUUAAAGUUAUAAUUCGUGUUUUUAAAUUAUAAUACAAGUUACAUCAAAACUCUAACCGAGGCGUAGUGGGAGAAAAUUCCGAUUCAGUUUUUCUGUGUAUACGUGAAUGGGGAAAAAAUUUGCAACACCCUGAGAAGAUUCAAUAAUAUAUGAACACAAUAUAUAUGUUAAUUGAGUUCAUUAUUAUCUUAUUAAAAUAUAAGUGCCAAUUGUUUAACCAAUAUCUAUAUAUGUGUUGUGUUUUGAUUUAAAAAUACAUUUACUUCGUGUUUGGUUUUGUUACACCUACAAAUAUUCAUAUUUACUGAAUAAAUACCGAAACUGAGUAACCGAUCCCCAUGCGGAAACACCCUUUACCAACAAUUCGCAAUUGUGUUUUUGUGUGUGUAUUUGCUUUGGACAGGCACAAGGACGAAAGGGAUACAUACCCAUACAAAUAAUAAGCGAUGCCUACAUAAGCACUCCAUUGUUGAUAGAAAACACGAAUUGUAAGUUAAACAUUUGUUCGGAAAAUCACCAUACCCCACUGUCUUCAAGUUUAACCAAUUGGAUGCAGGGGACACAAUAACACAAUCCGUGUUAAACAUACCCAAUUCUUGCAACGAUCAAAUUUAGCUAAAAACCCACAGCAACGUCAAAGAAUACGCGAAUCUAAACUUUGUAAAUAAUAAAUAAUAAUAUUAAUCAUUUUAGGAUAAAGUUACCAGAAAUAAAAGUGGAUCUUCUCUAAAAUAAAAGAUCUAAUUACAACGAAAAAGAAAACACUUAUUUCAAGUACAUCGGUUUUAACUUUGUUCUAAAUAAAUUUUGAACUAAAAUUUACUGCGAAACAAAGUUCAAGCGCUAAACCUCUAAAAUCAACACAAAUGCAGCACAAGCAGAAGUCUUGUCUUAUUAAACAACCCGAAAACCAGCCGCUCGUUAACUCCUAUCGAAUUCGAAAGACGCCCACAUCCAUUCCAAAUUAAAUACAUAUACCCAACAUAGAAAUGUAGAACAAAAGCAAAUCGAGUGAUUUCGACAAUGAAGCAACGCAAAAGUGCAUAUACGAAGAACCUGAUGUGAACAAACGGUGCAAUAUACGUAGGCUAAUGAUUGUAAAUUAACAUUUUAAAUUUAAAUAGUAACAAUAGGAACAACCUUAAAUUUCGGUUUAUCCAUUUGUAAUAGUUGUGUGAGUAAAGUAAGUUUAGGCGCGCAAAUAUAAUAAUCGUAAAUAUAUGUAUGCAUCCCCGCCACUCGAUUAGUUCAAUUCGAAAUCAAGACGUUCAACAUAUGUAAGUCAUAAGCAGCAAAGAAAAUCAAAAGCAAAGUGUGCAAAAAGUAUAAAAAGAUAUCUAAAAGUAUAUAAAAUUGUAUGCAAUACAAUUAAUAAUUGUUGUAAAAAGGUGAUUGAAACGACGAGUAUUGAAAAUUUAUAAAAAUUCUGGUCUAUAAAAUGUCAUUGGCCGAUAUGGGUACAGCGAUUCGAGAUGGCGGCAUGAGCGGUGGCGGUGGUGUAGGUGUUAGCGGUGUGGACGGUAUGGGAGUGCCCGGUGGACGUAUGACUCACUCGCUGAGCACCCCAUCUGGAGUUGAUGGCACACCAUCCACGCCAAGACAUCGCGGUGGCAAGAAGUUAACCGUUCGUAUACAAAUGCUAGAUGAUUCCGUGACCAUGUUCCAAGUACAGGCAAAAGCGCUUGGGCGUGUACUGUUCGACCAGGUGUGUCGUCAAUUAAAUCUUCUUGAAGCCGAUUAUUUUGGUUUGGAAUAUCAGGAGAUAUCUACACACACCAAAUAUUGGCUAGACCUCGAGAAACCCCUAAAUCGUCAAGUUGGUCUGUCGCUUAUCGAUCCAGUGCUUCGUUUCUGCGUUAAAUUCUACACUCCAGAUCCAGCGCAACUGGAAGAAGAAUACACGAGGUACCUCUUUUGUUUGCAAAUUAAACGGGACUUGGCCAACGGUAAUUUGCAAUGCAACGACAAUACCGCUGCGCUAAUGGCCAGUUACAUAGUGCAAGCAUCAUGUGGCGAUUAUGUGCCUGAAGAUUAUCCCGAUCACACCUAUUUGUCAUCAUAUCGUUUCGUACCUCAUCAGGAUGCUACCAUGCAGCGCAAAAUCAUGGAGAACCACAAGAAGCAUGUAGGCCAGUCUCCUGCUGAGGCCGAUUUGAAUCUAUUGGAAACGGCUAGGCGAUGUGAAUUGUAUGGAAUGAAAAUGCAUCCAGCGAAGGAUGUAGAGGGUGUUCCGUUGAAUUUAGCAGUUGCUCACAUGGGUAUUGCCGUCUUCCAAAAUAUCACACGCAUCAAUACCUUCUCCUGGGCUAAAAUACGUAAGAUAUCAUUUAAGCGCAAACGAUUCCUGGUGAAACUUCAUCCUGAGGGAUAUGGUUAUUAUAAAGACACUGUGGAAUUUUUCUUUGAGGGACGUAAUGAGUGUAAAAACUUUUGGAAGAAAUGUGUAGAGAAUCACGGGUUCUUCCGUUGUGCCGCAGUACAGAAUCAGCCUAGACGAAAAGCUCGGGUGUUAUCGCGUGGCAGCUCUUUCCGCUAUAGCGGCAAAACACAGAAACAGAUCAUAGAAUUUGUUCGUGAAAAUUAUGUAAAACGACAAAACUUCCAAAGGUCACAGUCAUUCCGGCAAGGGCCUUUGAAUGCUAGUAGCCGAAGUCAGUCGCAUACGUAUGUGAACUCCAGCAUUUCAGCCAAUCCCCUUCUCCCAAUUGACACUGCGGAUUGGGAUUAUCGCAAUCAAUGCACCGCCUCGACGACGCUUUCUCUGACGAAGAAGGCAGCGGAUACCUUGGAUCGCCGACAAGACAAUCCUACAGACCACACGCGUUCUCAAGUCACAGCAGCCCAGGUGGAGAUCUAUCAGACGAAGAAUUAUGCUCCGGAAUCGCCAACAUUGGCGGAGGAACAGCAACACCACUCGGCAGCGGCUAUGGACCAAAUGAAUUCGAACCGCUCUGUCUCUCCUCAGGGGCCGGGGUCGUGGACUUCGCCCAACCACAGCAGUCAGCAACACAACAAUAUGCGCGCCCAAGAUCAGGCUCGUGCGCAUCCAGGCGAUCACAGUUUAGGUCUGAGCCACUUGUCCCACUUAUACAGCAGCAGCACCCCUCGUCGAGUCUCAGUGGCAUCUCAAGCGUAUGCCCCUGCGUCGCCGCAGCUCAUGCACACCAACACCAGCAACAGCAACACCAUCAACACUAUCACAACCAACACAGUGGGUCUAUCGGUGGAUCUCAGCAGCUCUAUGGAGUUGGAACAGGAGGAGGAUUUGGAGGAGGAGGAGGAAUUAGUCGAGGAGGAAGCGGAUUCGGACUUGACAGCAUCUACAACCAAUCGGGAGAGUAUGGUAUCAGCGGCGCCGGGCCCUGCCCUUCAUCAGCAGCUUCGGUCACAGGAGUGCCAAUCGCAAACUGUCACCCCAGUCCAUUAUAGCAGUACCAAUUAUUCGAUGUCUAAACAGUGUUUGCUUAAUAAUAAUAACUCAACCGAAACUGAAACAGAUAAUAUCAUAUACACAGACAUAAACGACAUUGGACAUUACAAAUAUCCAGACUUUAUAAGUAUUACCCCCAAACCUGAAAAUAAGAUAUCCAAUUCCGAAAAUUUAAAUCUGAAUGAUCGUAACGACAUUUAUGCGACUGUUAAUCGCAAAACUAAAUCCAAAUCACGAGAGAAACACUUCAGUGAUGAGUUUAUUGAUGAAUCUAUAUUGCAGUACACACGUGCCAAACAAAUGGGCAUAACCGAUAUGAAAGAGCAAAACGGGCAUUUCGAACCUGAACGUGGGUUUUCGAGUCUUAAUUAUCAAUAUCACAAUGAUUUGAAUCAUCCGUCUGACUCGUCUUCGUCAUAUUUCGGAACUGGGUUCGGUACUAAACGCUAUGCGACCGCAGAGCGUGUUAAACUAACUCAUUCCGAAAAUUAUCUCACACCGUCAAUGGACUCACAGAGCUCUAUGUCGGGCAUAGGAGGUGCAACGGCACGACGCCAUACGCACUCGCUGCCUCGCAAUUCCGAACUGUCCGGUGUAGAUUCUGUGGAUUCCUAUGAUAGUCACUAUAUUACUCAUCACGCUCACUCGAUUGGUAAUUUGCGCCCAAACACAAACAUAACAAACAGUUAUUUAUUAUUCAAUGAUAGCAAGCCGGUAAGCUCCGCUGAGGAACGCAGCCCCGUCGGUUCACCUUUGAAUCGUUUUAAGACUUCGUCGGAAAAACUUGAAUUUGAAAUAUCUUCCGGCAACUUGUACUCUACUAGUCAGUACAAUAAAGAGGCGUAUGAAGGGGAGAACAUUUACGACCAAGUUGAGAAGGAGUCCUGGUUGAAGAGUAGUUCUUGCAAAGAUCUGUAUGAUUUCUCUUCGUUUUAUGAAAGCGAAAAGUCCAAGCCAAUGACUGCUUUCGACAAGGAGUUCCUCUCGUUUAAUCGUAUUGACUCUCCCGUUACCCGUUACGAUGAUUCGAGACAUUCAAUGUAUUUUACUAAAAACCAUUCAAUUGAUGCCACUCAAGACUUUUCCCCAUUGCCCAAUUCAAAAGUUUAUUCCUCAAGUUACCCUGGCAGUACGUAUAACACCCAUGAACACCAAAACAAGCGUGCUUACGGGCAUCAGAUUGACUACGCUGGUUCCCAAGAUGAUAUUUCGCAGGAUAGUUAUGAGUUGCUUGAAAAGUAUGACAUUGACUUUUUCAGUGGUCGUCGACGAUCAGAUGACCAUAUGCGCUCGUGUUCGCUCGACUCGGGUAACUACAUUCCGAGUGAUGAUGAAUCUGUUUCUGAGCAGCAUAAAUAUCGUUCGGCAAUGGAUGUCAAAUGCAAGUCGGCCGUUGAUAUAAUGAAUGAAAUUUGGGAUUCGGAAGAUCCGCGCUACUUACCACGUGAGAAGUUAUGCGUGAAGUCGGAAGGCAGUUUUUACAAAAAGGUCAAAGAGGCACUUUCUCGCACUUCUAGUCAAGAGAGUCGUAGUGAAGUCUUUGAGACGAAAAUGUCGCGUAGCUCAGAUUCUAGCAAAAAAUCGCGUGACAGUUUGUAUCACACUGACAGCAAAAAGUCCCGGGAAACAACCAAGAGUAAGACAUCAGUGGCAUCUAGUCAAGACUCAAAAGAGUCACUAAUAGGUGACUGUUUCGGGCGCAACUAUGAGAUGCCAACCACCACGGGAAAGAAGCUAAAGCAUUUAAACAAAAAGGAUCAAUAUGAAAAAUAUCAGCAAUCCAGUCAAGAGUCAAAGAGUGAUUACUAUGAUGCCGUGGAGGGUGUUGAAACUGAUAGCUUGUGCGGUCGGCCGAAAGUAAAAAGCCACGAUUGUUUAUUGUCCGACACACACAGCUCGACAGCAAAUAGCUCGUUCUACGACAGUCGCGACACUUAUUCAACAUUUCCGAGCAACAAGUCACACAAAACAUCAAAAGUACACUCGAUAAGUCUUCAAAAUGUGGAAAUUGAGCGUAAUACUAAAUCUUUCGGAAGCAAAUCUCCAGAUGGAGCUUCGACACCGGCAUCAGGUAAGAAAUGCAAAGAAAAAGAAAUUCAAACUAACGACUCUAUUGAUCAAACGGCGCCAAUUAAAAAAGUGGACUCGCAGUCGUCAAAAAUUUCUGUGUUCAGACGACGUUCAGACAGUGAGAAUAUUUUCAGUUUCGACCAGGAUCGCAUUGAGUGCAUUCAGAAUUAUACCAAACAGUGGGAAGUACAAGGCAAAGAAGAGAAAACCAAACAAAGCCCAGAGUACCCCUUAACACCGGAACUAGUUUCCGAAUUUGAAAAACAGCAGGCUCGUGCUGCAAAGCAAAAGGUGACUCGUAAGGAAGAGUUGAUGGCUAAAACCCAUUUCGAAGAGUAUAAUCCGAUUAUGGCUCCCCUCAACUAUUCACAUGCUACCGUUGAGCGAACUAAAAGUGAUCCGAAUUCAUUAGCGAACCGCGCGCGUCUUGGCAGCAACUCUCGUCGGCAUGUGUUGAUGCAUCAGAAAUCCAUAGACUUAACUCCAGCCGAUUCUAGUGAUGAAGAUUAUAUCUACAAGCAAAUACCGAGCGCUCCGCCGCUUUGCAAGGCACAUGGUAAUUUUGAGAUUCCAAAGUGUUUUGAUGUGCCCCCAGUUCUGACUGAUAUUCCAAAAACCGGUUUUGAGUUGCCAAAGAGCUUCUUCAGAGAGUACGAUAGACGUUUUCCAAAAGUUUUGAAAGAUGAAAUACCAUACGUACUGCACAAGCGUCAUAUAAUGAACGGCACCGCACCUACACUAGGAGAAAAGAAACACAUUAAACCAAAAUCGCCGAAAUCGCCAAAGUCUCCGAAAUCACCAAAAUCUCCGAAAUCACCAAAGGCGGAAGCCAUAAAAGCCGCUACUUCAGCUAGUCAGGUCGCCGAUUUUCUACCAGACAUAUUGGACAGCUUGUUGCCAGCUGAAACCAAGGAAUUUCUAUUUACUCAAAAUAUUGAUCUCUCUAAAGUUGAUCCUAUAACUUUGGAAGUUAAUAAGUCCAUACCGACAAUUGAGUUAUCUUCACCUAAGCGGGAUAUUACUAAACAAAUGGAUCCGUCUUUGUUGGAGAAAUUAAAUAAAAAACUUAGUCAAAUAGAAAGUGAUUCCGCAACAUCUUCGCGGACAGAAAGUAUACAACAACAAAAGAAUAAACUUGAGCAAAAGCAAAUAGAACUUAUACAAAAUCUCCGCAAAGAACUGCAAGCCAAUACCAGAAAAGUGAUAAAGCCACGUAUAAUACCAAAAACAAAAAUUUCAAAUAAACCCAAGAAAGCUAAAACUCGCAUUACAUCAUUUUCCUCCGACGAUGAAAGUUUGGACUCAGACGAUGUUUUUGGUUCGGCUGAAGCCAUACCUGCGCGACUGGAGUUUUCACCUCCUCAAUCACGUAAAGAAAUAGAACCAAUACUGCGAAUUGAGCAGAGCCGUUUAAUAUCGGCUGCUUGGGGCCGUGGACAGACUAUGAGUUCAACAGAAAUUGAAGGUUCACCGCCACAAUGUCGUCGGCUUGCUGAACUGGAAAGCCGUUACCACACACAAAAACUAGAUCCGCAAUAUGCUAAUACUACGGAGUUGAGACGUAUUUCUGAGAGAUCGAUUUCCAUUCCGUCCUCAGAAGAUGAGCCAUUGCACAUUCCACCCAGACGUAUGGAUGAGUGCACUAACGAUUAUCAACGCAACGAAAAUAUUCCGUCACCAAUAUUAGAACACGCCGAGUUUUUCCGCAGCAAUGAUGAUAUUUACGAAACUUGUCAAGAGGAAAAAAUUAUGGAAUCCGAUAUUGAUUAUACUCUUAAGAAGAAAUCAUCACCACGUACGGAGAUUCCAAAAUCGAAAGCCAAAUUUAUUGAAGAAAUCAUAGAUUCUUCAAUAGUGAUGCGAUCUAAAGGUCAUGCACCGAUACUCUUUGCACAUGCUCGUCUCAAUUUGUCCGAAGGUUCAGUAUCACUCCAACGACAAAAAGCUACUCAAGAGUCUCCAACCACCGAGAGACGUACUAAGAGCCUGGAUACCCCAGUCAUAUCACUACACCGGCUUCCACCUAUGAAUGCAUUUUCAUCGAAAGAUGAUACAGUUGGUUUUGAAGAGGAAGCCGAAAUAUUGGAAGAAAAAUCACUGGAACGAGGAACCCGUAUUCCACAAGAUGAUGAUACUGCUGACAGCAUACACUCCUGCGCUGGAUCUAUACCGACACAGACGAGUUAUCACACUGCACGAAAAGAUUCUUUACUGAAUACAGUGGCCAUUGAUGAGGAAGAGAUGCAAUUAUUGAAUCAGCUUAAGUUUAUAGAGAAAAUUGCACUGCAAGGUGUCAAAAUAAAAGCAAAGAAAAAGUCGAAGAUGAGACUUAGGAGUGGGGAUCAUCUAAUUUUGGAUAUACCUAAGUAUCGUUUUACUGACUGGUCGCCCUAUAGCUCAGCAAAUAGUUCUCGAAAAACAUCACCGGGAGUUUCGCGAACUAGUAGUAUUGAAAGUACUGGCAAAGGUAAGUUUAAAAUGGGGCCAAAGUCUCCAGAGAGUACCAAAUUAAAGGCAGGCACAUCACGAAGUCGUCCAGAAUCUCGACGUACCAGUGUGGAUGAUAUUAAGACAAAAGACAGUAAAGGAAAGAAAUCGAGCCCAAAAGAGCGUCCUCGUUCUAUUGAAGCUCGUCGUCUGAGCAAAGAUAAAAGCAAGUCUCAAGAGGAAACAGAAGCAGAUAUUGCUAAAAGAAAAGAACGACAACAAAAAUUAUAUGAGUCCGCUAUGAAACAGACUAUUACCAUGCUUAGCCCUGUUAAAGAUUCACUGCCGCCAUUCCCAGCUCCUGAAGAUAAAAUCUCAGUGAAAACGGAUGGAGAUAAAAUUAUAAUAGAAACAGAGUUCAAGAGCAAAGCUGAAGAUCAUGUUUUAAUAGCAAAAUCUCCACGAAAGUUGGACACUUCAUUAGUCAAAUUUAGUCGCAGUUUCGAUGAAGGUCGUAGCCCAGAUAAGUUAGACAAAGCGAAUCGUAGCUUCGAAGAUCGAAAUAAAUCUUUUGAGGAAUCAGAAAAAUCAGACGUACCGGAUGACAUGGUUAUUAAGUCUCCUAAGAAAAUCGCCAAAAGCCAAGAGAUUAAACAAAAGAUUGAAGGAAGUGUUGUACAUAAAAAAAUUGAUGGUAAAUCUAGUAGUUUGGAGAAACCAGCUGAACAUCAUUAUUUGGGUACUGAUAUAAAGGCAAAAAGCCUUGAUGAUAAAAAACCUUCGCCAACUUCGGAGCCAAAGAAAGUCGACGAAAAAUCGACCAUACGAAGUGCUAUUGGUGAUCGACGUAUGUUCGCACAUCAAUACAAUGUUCAUGAAGAUAUAGAUAUGCAGGCGGUUAUUUCGGAAAGACGAUCAUUGGAAAUACUAAAGCGAUCCUUGCCAUCCGAAGAUACAAAAGAGAGUGAUGGCACCUACAGCCGUAAACCAUCCACGGCAGAGAGCUUGGAUUCGUUUGUGUCAGCAGAUGAUAGCCAUUCACCAGCGAGUAAAUCUCCAAUUCCACCAGAAGUAUAUCCACAUCGUGUACCAACGAUUGAAUGCGAAGAGCCAUCUAUUGAGGAAGACGAUAACUCGGGAGAAUGUCGUCAUUUAAAAGUGUCUCGUCAAGAUACUAAUCGGUUAAGUUUGGAUCGUAGUCGUAGCGAUGAGACAGGCUCUUGGAUAACUGUUGAAUGUGAUGAAUUCGUGGGUUCUGAUACUUCUGAUAAUGAACCCCGAACUUUGGAGCCAGAUCGUAACAUAUUAGAGACGCAAGCAACUUUGGAAGAUGCUAUUCCGUUAGAAUACUCCAAUUGCGCUACGCCUACAUCCGACUUGAAUAUUUUAGUAACACCGCCUAACACGAGUCCAAUGAUUGAGAAAUCGGUUUUAGAAACAUUUGAAAAACAAGCUGAAACAUCCGAAACUAAGAAGAAACAUAGCUUGGAGAAACAAAGCGAUAAAUCUAAAAGUUCUGACUCAUGGACCAGUGGGGAAAAGGAUGUUAGUCCUCAUCGGGGAGAACAUCUUCAAGAUUGGAGUUUAUCUGUAAGUGGUGGUAAGGAGAAGAGUUCUAUGGACGAAGAGUCUAGCGUAAGCUGCUCCAUUGCAAGACCGUUGGGAAUUUCCCAAGAUUUCGGAGACAUUGAGGAGAAAAAAUGUCAAGAACUUAAACAAAGAAUGUUAAAAUUAGAGGUUGGUAAUGAAGGAGAUGUAGGAGAAUCAGCUAAGCUGACAAAAACUAGCCCUACUGCUUCGAAUGAAGCCACACCAACAAAUGAGACAAAAGUCAUUAUAAAGAAACCAACAACUCCAACUUUGGAGAAACAAAGCCCCAUAGAUUUAGGCAUUAGCACCGAAAGUUUUUUGGAUCCAAUUGAUGAAAAACUAACAAAGCUUCUACAGCGAAAUGAGGAUAGUGAAUCUAGUUCUGGUGCUUCAAAAAAACCACCAAAAAUUGAAAAACCUGCACGUACUAGCGUCGGUAAAAAACUGGCCGUAGUCAAAACUGAUGGUGGAGAUAAGACUGGAAAAUCUGGAAGUAGCUCACAAGAAUCAAAGUCAAGUUUUGAUUCGAAAGGAUCAUUAAGUGUGGAAUCGCGGGGAUCAUUUGAAACCGAAAGCAGCUCUGGUUCAAUGGGAGCGGCACAUCGGAGAGGAGAAUUAGUACAGAAGGAGCAACAGUCAACAUGGAAGCCAUUCCCAAUAGAAAGCUCUGGCAGCUCUAGUACAGAUGAUCCUUGGCACCACAUUGAAACUGAUGGCUAUGAGAGGUACGAUGCCAACAAUCCAUUACGCGAUUCCUCUGAUAGUGAUUUAAAAGAGGUAUCACCAGAUGACCAAAAAGAAAGUGACACAAGCUUUCAAGAUGAAUUAAAUGAUUUCCCAACUACAUUUGGUUAUCCGGCGAUGACAAGCUCAUUGGGUGGUAUUGGAGUAAAUCCAACGGAUAUAAUUGGUUAUACCACCGGUUUUACUUUGGGAAGAACCUUAUCGCGAAUAUCAGAACGUAGUACAGCCUCGGAAAAAUCUAGUAUGGAAGACGAUGUUAGUAAGGCAUCUACUCAUUCAGUAAGCAUGCGCGACGAAUCUGUUGGUUCCACAGAUCACCAACCAAGUUUAAGUUCAGAUUCUCGCAGCAAUACGAAUUUGGCUUAUAUAUCAGAUGCCGAUCGACGUACGUCGGCCGAAAUGCCAGAAAUUCCUUGUGACUCUGCAACUGGCGAUCGACUUUCAAGCAUCGGUAGCUUUAAUGAACCGAAGUCUCCGAUUGUUGUGACCGGACGCUUUUCUGUCACUCAAGUCGAAGAACAACAAGGCGAUGAUGUAGACAGACACACACUUAUGUGUCUUUCAAAUGCAGGAAGUCAAGAUUCAGAAGACUGGCCACUUCCCGAAAUACCUUUCGAUCAUGUACCAGUAAAACCAGUGGAGUCCAUUUAUCAAAUGCCCGAUUUGGAUAAACCUGUACCGAAAACAUUUUGUUGGAAAGCUAGUAAAUCGUUCCAAUCACAAGAUUCGCAAGAGUGGCCUUCUCCACCUGCUAGUGCUAUGGAACCUCCACUAAUAAUUGAAGAUAUAGAAACCUAUUAUGCCACGGAGGCACAAAGUGCUGAUCAAGUUAUGAUUGAGUCUUUCACAGCAACUGAUAGAACAGACGACGAUAUACAAUCACAAGCCGACGAUAGGCUCUCUAAUGAAGAUUUUCCUAUUACUCCACCAGAUGUAGCGAAAGUAUUACCUUACGAGGAUACGGCAUAUUUAAUGUCCGCAGCAUUUGAAGAUAAAGAUUUCGGUAAUGAGGAUACCCAACACGAUACACCAACAUGUUUAAGUUCAACCUUAAGUGCGGCUUCAUGCCUCUCGUCUUCAUUUAAUGUGACUUGCUCAUCAUCGCAAAAAUCAACUCAAAUCUCCCCUAUUCGGAAAGAUUCCAGUCCCGACUCGGUAAUUAUAUCCCAACCAACACGUUCUCCAACCAUGCGUAGUCCAAUUUCUGAAGAUGAGGUUUUAUCAAGUGAUGAUGUGUUUAUGCCUGGCACCGUAAAAAUUCAAUUACCAUCAGACGAAAAUCGAACCACAGAGUAUUUGCGAAAGUUGUCCCGGGGUUCAAAUAAUUCUGAUACCUCCAUCGAUGAUAUUCUAUCAACAUCUGGAACAUUUAUGGAGGAUCAGACCACGGUACGGCGUAAUUAUGAAUCACGUCUUAGUACUGGUUCUUAUAAGAAGUGUAGCCAUUCUAGUCAUUCCGAAGAAGAGACAAGUUCUAUUGGAACGGAUUUGGAUGGCACUGUGCGGAUGGGUUUACAACAAAAGAAAUGUACACAUAGCUCCCAUUCGGAGGAUACGUCGAUUGGAUUGAGUAUUUCUGAAUGGUCAACGGGCACCAACACAGUCCGCCAAUAUGCUAAUCUCUCCGGAUCAGAUAGUCUGUCGGCAGUGUCAACCCAAUCAUGUGCCAAAAGUGAGAAGUCGAAUCAUACGAAGUCUAGCAUGAGCUCAAUAAACAAAUCGGCCGAAAGCUUGAAUGAACAAAGUGGAAGCUUUUCAAAAGGACUUUCUGGUGACAAUGGUUCAUCAGACGGUAUGCGCUAUGAUAUAUUGUCAAACUCUGAAACAGAAAAAAUGUCUGAAGCCACUUCGGCGACAAAAAGUGACGACACUACACUGACGCUAACUGAAAUGGCACAAACAAUGACUGAGUGGUCCACGUCAAGCAGCCGCACUUUGGUGGCUCAGACUGGAGAAAGCCCACAAGAUCCCAGAGGUGGUAGAAGAAGCAGCUACAUAGAUUAUGUACCACUGAAACAAUCACGGGGAAUUUCGAAAAAGUCUCCCAGUGAAGAGUUGCGCACUGCUAUUCCGCAAGUACAUCGAAGGAGUGCGAGUAAUGGUAAUAAUGGCCGUACGACUUCAGAUGAAACAGGACAAAAAGGUUCCACACCAAAAUUAGGUGACUACGGACGUCAGAAUUCAUUAUCUCGAUUAGUCAAAUUGGAAGAAAAAGAAGUUGCUUCAGAACACACGAGUGCCGCGCGAAAACGCCGUUCACUGGAAAUGAUGUCGAAACUAUACCAAAGUCAGGAUAUUUCAUCAGAAAGUGAAGCUCCAUUCGUAGAGCGUUUAUAUUCCCCUAGUGAGAAGCUAACAGAGCGUUAUCAAAGUCAAGAAUUCGUUCCGUUGCAUGGAUCCGCGGCUCAAAGUCAGCAAGCAAAUACUUCAAUAACACAAAAGUCUAAAGCACCCCCGCCACCGGUGAAGCCUAGAGCCCCUCAGCCCCCGACAAAGCCAAAGCCUCAAGUGACACGACCAUUAAUGCAAGCUUUGUUAAAGCAUAUGAAAGCUAUUAGUAAAGCCGAGGAAAUUUCCGCCUCAGCUUCCAUAUCUGAGGCACCGACAUCGUCGCAAGCAAGUGCUUCCAAAAAAGCUCCAGCGCCACCUAUACCCAAUAUACCACCCAUUACGUCACCAAAUGACUUACCACGCACUCACUCCGUAGGUCAACUGCCCGACAAGCCACUGGCAAAACAUCAUAGCUAUGACGAUAAAACGAUGUCGAAAUCUCAAAUACGAGAAUACAAAACGAACAAACUUCGUCAAUCGAACUCUUUUCAUGAGCACAUGUUGUCGAAGUCACAGCAAUCUUCGCAAGAGUCAAUGCCACCGCGCAUUGACGAAGAGUCGUCGCUGGGCGGAGAGGGUAACGGCGUCUCGUCAGCCACCACAACAGCUACCAAUUACAGUGAAACUACCACAAGCACAGAAACGUCGUCGCCUAUGUUACCACAGCGGGCGGAAAAGCUCGUUAAAUGUUCACCAUAUUAUUCGAGUAGUUUGAGCUCGGAAUCGCCACCAAAUCAAUUGAUGCAAAAACCACCACGAAAAAGUUCAAUUACACGAACUACCAUGAUUAAAAGUCCACCAAGCGGCAAUGACACUGAUAGUUCUAUGGACAUACGCACACAAGAUCCCAAAUUGCGUAAUAAAGGAUAUCGUCGGAAACGUCAAAUACCGACCAAACGAAUGCGUUCAACGGAACGCGCUUUAAUGGAGCAAGAAAGCUCGGAAUGUUCAGAAGGUUAUUUACCAGAAAUCGACUCUGGAAGUUCAGAUCCCUCAUAUCGACCAGAAGAUCAGUAUUUGGAAUUCGACGAAGAAUUAGAACACGAACAAGAGACCGAUGAGUACGAUGAUUAUCCCCAAUAUUCUGGUGCUGCAUACGCAACGUCAGGCAAGUUUGAAAGUUUGGACAUGACGGACAAUGUAGAUGAAAUGGGCUUUCCACGAUACGACCGCUUAAGUCACAUCACCAAUCCAAUGUAUCACACACAAUUAAUGCAACCAAUGACAUGUCAGAAUACGGCUACGAAACCCGCACCAGCCAAUCACCCAAUGCCGCCGCCAAAUGGCCAACCAGUGAAACCAGCUCGUACUAAAAAACGCCAGCUAAAACGUGAAGAAUCAAUCACAAGUGAAGCUACUGCAGAAAGGUCUGAAGUAACACUUCAUCCGGAGCAAACUCACAUGCGACCUUUUCUCACGCCCGAGAACAGCGAAGUGGAGAGCAAAGAUGGUCUCUCAGAUGACUUGGCCAAUUCCAGUGAGGAAAGCAGUGGUUUUGCGCAGGCAACUGGUACGAUAAGACGAACCACUGAUGGUAUAUACACACAAUACGGCGGCGAUAUCGAGUUGCCGUACCCGGACUUUCUCUCAGACUAUGAAAAUGAACCGAUAGAGUAUGAACGAUAUGCAUGUGGACUGGAUAUACGUGUUGAUCCACCACCCAAGUUUGACGAUUCUGAUAAUUUAAGCGAUCACUAAUGGAAUAUAACUACGGAAGGAAAUUCUUAUGAGCUCCAAAGGAACUGAGGACAUAUUAAACAGCAUGGCUCUCGUGUUAACGUGCUCGUAUGUAGUUGAAAUAGAUAUGUAUGUAGAAGACAUAGUAAUCAAAAGUUAUUGGUAGUAAAUGUAAAGUGCAACGCAUACUUCCUUGUGUUAGCGCGUUUCAAGUUUAGCAAAUUGCAACAACUAUAAAUGUCGAUCCUGAACUUGUUUAUAAAAUAUUAACUAAUACUCUCCGAAUCAUCUUAUAUUCAAUUGAGACUGAUUUAUGGUGUGAACUGCUGCAACCAUUUUGCUUUCGACAAAUCCCCAUAAAGUUUAUAAAUAUUAAAACGAAAUAAUUUUAAAUAACUAACUAGCGAAAAUGAAAAGAAAAAUUUUAAUCAAGUCCUCAUUUGCCUGAUUUUAAAAUGACUAAACUUUUUUAACAACAACAGUAGAAAUUUUUGGGAAAACGCGAGUAGCCUAUAAGAUGAAAAUUAAAUAAAUAUGAACACACACAAAAAUCAUCAACAUCUGUUGUAAGUUAAGGGUUGAGAUUAUCUAAUAGCUUGGUAAAAGCAACAAAUAUAAUCGUAUUGAAAAUGUUACAUUUUAAUGCACUGUUUACUCAUCGAAUAAUUCUGAAUCAAAGCAGAAAUAUUGAAAACAUUUAAGAUAGCUAAAUGAAUAUAAAGUAACUUAUUUACACACGCACACACACACACACACACACAUACACACACACAAAUUUGCUAAUAAUAUGUAUAUUCGAU